AAUCUUUAAGACCUUAAGAAGUAAACAAACCAAAGGACAGGACUUGAGUACUGGAAUUUGAAAGUGGAAUAAAAUAUUUUUUAUUCAAAAAAUGGCCUCCUUAGGGUUGGAUAAAAUAAAACGAGUGUUCGAUAUUAUAAAAUUUAAUGGAGGAAUAUUGAAGUCACUUCGAACUAUAUAUCGAACUGAUGAAUUGAAAAUGGGAACUCUUGUGGGCACAGAUAAAUUUGGAAAUAAAUAUUAUGAAAACAAGAUGUAUUUUUAUUCUCGAAAUCGCUGGGUUGAUUAUACAGAGGCUGUGAAUUUAGAUUAUGAUGGAAGUCAAGUACCACCUGAAUGGCAUCGGUGGUUACAUUAUAUGACUGAUGAACCCCCUACAGUCAAAAAACCUGUUGAUCAUAAAUGGAUUAUGGAUCAUACACCUAAUGUGUCUGGCACAAAUAAAGCUUAUAUGCCUUAUCCUACUACUAAGCCCAAGAUUCAAGCAUGGGUACCGCCUAAGUAAUGUUGAGAUACAAUUUUAAAUAGAAAAAUGUUUGAAAUAAGAACCAUAUGUAUAAUGAUUUAUACCUGUAAUAUAUUUUAGAAUUGUUAGAAAAUAAAAGCUGAAAAUGUUA